AUGGCGACAGGUCCUGCUACUCAGUCCCUGAAGUGUGUCGUGACCGGUGAUGGUGCUGUAGGCAAGACAUGUCUCCUCAUUUCUUAUACGACCAAUGCAUUCCCCGGCGAAUACAUACCCACCGUUUUUGAUAAUUAUACGGCUAGUGUGAUGGUGGACGGCAGACCGAUUAGCUUAGGACUCUGGGAUACUGCUGGACAGGAAGAUUAUGACCGACUUCGCCCAUUGUCCUACCCACAAACCGAUGUAUUCCUCAUUUGUUUCUCUGUCGUCAGCCCUCCGUCUUUCGACAACGUUAAGUCCAAGUGGUUUCCAGAAAUCGAACACCAUGCUCCCAACGUCCCUAUUAUCUUGGUCGGUACCAAGCUCGAUUUGCGGGACGAUCCCGCCCAGCUCGAAGGCCUCCGCAUCAGGAAGCAGGAGCCGGUCACUUACGAACAGGCUCUGGCCGUCGCGAAAGAAAUCCGAGCUCAUAAGUACUUGGAGUGCUCUGCGCUAACACAGCGCAAUCUUAAGAGCGUAUUCGAUGAGGCGAUUCGUGCUGUCCUCAACCCGCGGCCUGCAGCGAAACAAAGGAACAAGAAGUGUACGAUUCUGUGA